AUGAGACUCGAAGGGAGUGAGAGGGAUAGGCUGGCACUACUAGCGAUCAAAGCUCAAAUACAACACGAUCCCAACCAGGUCACAAGCUCAUGGAAUGAAACCCUUCACUUUUGCCUGUGGCACGGUGUCACCUGCAGUCGACGACAUCGCCAAAGGGUGACAAAGCUUCAGCUGGGCUCUCUAGCGUUGGUGGGAUCCAUAUCUCAGCACAUAGGAAACCUAAGCUUCUUAAGAGUGCUAAAUCUGGAGAACAAUAGCUUCAAUCAUCAAAUCCCUCCUCAAAUUGGGCAUUUGCACAGAUUGAAGGUACUGUAUCUAAAAAAUAACUCACUUAAUGGUACUAUUCCUCCCAACAUAUCCAAUUGCUUCCAACUCAUCUCUCUUGAUCUUGCUGGAAACCUUCUGGUGGGUAAAAUUCCUCCCCAACUUAGUUCCUUGUCAAAGCUUGGAUUUUUUAAUUUGCAAGUUAACAAUUUAUCAGGAGAGAUCCCUCCUUCUUUGGGGAACCUUUCGUCUCUCGAGAUAUUUGGUUCAACUUUUAAUUCCUUAGAAGGAAGCAUCCCUAAUUCUCUAUGCCAGUUGAAAAAAUUAACAAUUCUCUAUUUAGGUGAAAAUAGUUUGUCUGGUAUCAUCCCUUCCUGCAUUUAUAAUCUCUCUAGUAUAGUUGAAUUCGAGGUAUCAGGAAACCAAAUUGAAGGAAGUCUUCCCUCAAACUUGGGCAAUGCUUUUCCCAACCUUCAAAUCUUUUCCAUUUACCAGAAUCAAUUUACUGGGGCCAUCCCUUUGUCAAUAUCCAAUGCAACAAAUCUUGUGUGGUUUCAAGGUUCUUCAAACAAACUUACUGGAAAGGUGCCAAAUUUACGAAAUCUUCAUAACCUAAGGCGAUUUGGUGUCAGUGACAAUAAUCUUGGAAGCAGUAAACAUGGUGACUUGAGUUUUGUCUCAGAAUUGAUCAACGCCACACGGCUAACUGGGUUGAGCUUGGGCUACAAUAAUUUUGGAGGGAUGUUGCCCACAUCAAUAUCCAAUCUCUCAACCAAUCUCCGAAUCCUAGGAAUUGGAGAAAACAAACUGCAUGGAAGCAUCCCAAGUGGAUUAGUGAAUCUUAUCAACUUGGAAGUGCUCUCUCUGGAGGAAAACUUCUUCACAGAUAGCAUCCCCAAUGACAUUGGGAAGGUUUCAGGGCUUGAGAAAUUGUAUCUUAACAACAACCAAUUAUCAGGGAGAAUUCCAUCCUCUCUAGGAAACUUGACAUUGUUAGCAAUGCUCCAAUUGCAAGAAAAUAAUCUAGAGGGUAGCAUCCCUUCCAGCCUAGGGAAAUACCAGUGGUUACUAGAAUUGGGCCUUUCUGGAAACAAACUGAAUGGCACGAUACCUCCUCAGGUUAUUGGCCUCUCAUCUUUAUCAACAAUUUUGGCAUUGCAUAGAAACCAAUUCACUGGUUCCCUUCCGAUGGAGAUUGGCAAAUUGAAGAAUUUAGGUGGACUAGACGUUUCUGACAACUUGUUAUCAGGAGAACUUCCCAGUAGCCUUGGCAGUUGCAAGAGUUUAGAAGCCUUAUACUUGCAAGGCAACUUCUUCUUGGGACCCAUUCCUUCAUCUAUGAAGGGCUUGAGAGGGAUUCGAUAUUUAGACCUUUCUCGAAACAAUUUGUCAGGAGAUAUUCCACAGUUCUUCGAACGCUUUGGAAACUUGGAGAAUCUGAACCUAUCCUUCAAUCAAUUUUGGGGAGCAGUACCAACUGAGGGUAUUUUCAAGAAUGCAAGUGCUAUUUCAGUUGCUGGAAACACAAGACUUUGCGGCGGUAUUCCUAAUCUUCAACUUCCUGUGUGCGAGUCUAAAGAGUCUAAAGGAGAAGGAUUGUCUCGUAGAAUGAAACUAGUGAUCUCUUUAGUUUCUGGGAUCACUCUGUUGGGACUGGCUGUGGUGCUCACUCUUUUCGUUCUUCUUCGUAAGAAAAGGAAAGAAACUGAAUUAAACACUUUUGGGAACUCUGUUUUGCAAGUUUCAUAUGCUACUCUUCUUAAAGCUACUGACGGGUUCUCUUCAGCUAAUUUGAUUGGUGUGGGUGCUUUUGGGUCUGUGUACAAAGGAAUUCUUGGUGAUGAUAGAGUUGCUGUCGCUGUGAAGGUGCUUAACAUGUUACACCAGGGAGCGUCUAAGAGUUUCAUGGCUGAAUGUGAGGCGUUGAGAAAUAUCAGGCAUCGAAAUCUGGUCAAGAUCUUAACUGCAUGUUCAAGUAUUGAUUUCAGCGGCAAUGAUUUCAAGGCCCUUGUUUACGAGUUCAUGGACAAUGGUAGCUUAGAGGAGUGGUUGCAUCCAUCUACUGGAACUGAAGAGGUAAUAGAAGCACCCAAAAGUUUGAAUCUUGUUCAAAGGGUCAACAUCGCCAUUGAUGUUGCUAGUGCAUUGGAUUAUCUUCACAACAAUUGCGGAACACCGAUCGUUCAUUGUGAUCUCAAGCCAAGUAAUGUUCUUUUGGACAGUGACCUUACUGGACAUGUUUCCGACUUUGGGCUGUCAAGGUUUCUCUUAAAACCAACCACGAGUGUUUCUGGAAAUCAAUCAAGCUCUAUUGGAAUUAGAGGAUCGGUUGGUUAUGCUGCGCCAGAGUAUGGCAUGGGAAGUGAAGUGUCAAAAUAUGGGGAUGUCUAUAGCUUUGGCAUUCUCUUAUUAGAAAUGUUUACAGGGAAGAGACCCAUGGAUCACAUGUUCAGUGACGGCUUGAAUCUUCAUAAUUUUGUGAAGACAUCUCUUUCUGAACGUGUUUCAGAGAUUUUAGAAUCACUAGUUCUCCAAGAAGACACCACCAAUGUGGCUGAAGCUCACAGGCACAGCCAAUUGAGUGUGAGAGCACAAAAAACUGAAGAGUUCUUGACUUCAAUACUUGGUUUAGGUAUUUCAUGUUCUGUUGAAUCCCCCACAAACAGAAAGGAUAUUAGUGAUGUUGCUUCUGAAUUGCAUUCCAUUAGGGCUCUCCCUGAACAUGUUGUAGACAUUGCAGAUACAUUAGUUCUUCAAUAUGAAAUCACCGAUAUCGAUGAAGCUCCCAAUGAAACCAGCUUGAGAGCAUAUAAAAUUGAAGAAUGUUUGAUUUCGACAUACGGAAUUGGAAUUGCGUGUUCUGCUGAAUUCCUCACAACCAAAAAGGAGAGUAGUGAUGCUGCUUCUGAACUGCAGUCCAUUAGGGAUAAUCUUGUCUACUAG